CGCACCUGUCUGAUAACAACUGUUAAAAAACCGAGAUUUUCUUUUUUGGAACUUUGUUCCUUAUCGUUACCUAUAAGGAGUUGAAAUUAUUCCAGCUAAAAUUUAUCAUGUGCAUUAAAUAUUUGUUCAAUAAUUGAGGAAAAAUGUCUUCUACUACUGAAAAUGGAAAAGUUAAUGAUUUGAAUGAGAUCAAAUCGGAACCAAAUUCAUCUCAGGCACCAGAUAUAGACGAAUCCAAUCCAAAUCGAGCAUCAUGGGACAAACCCAUAGAAUUCCUGAUGUCCUGCAUAGCCAUGAACGUAGGCCUGGGCAACAUCUGGCGAUUUCCAUUCGUCGCCUACGAAAACGGAGGUGGCGCUUUUCUGAUUCCUUACUUAUGCGUUUUACUCCUCAUGGGCAGACCCAUGUAUUAUUUGGAAGCUUGCCUGGGCCAGUUCAGUAGCAGGGGUAACGUGAAAAUGUUUGAAAAUUUAGCACCUGUUUUAACAGGUAUUGGUUAUGGUCAACUUAUUGGGACUUUUAGUGUUGCCACUUAUUACUGCUCUCUUAUGGCGAUAACAUUAUUUUACCUGAUCAAUUCCUUUAGUAGGAAUCUGCCUUGGUCCACUUGCCAUCCAGAUUGGCAAACUGUGGAUUGGGUCAUUAAAAGUAACGUUACUUGUGUACCGUCGAAUUCCGGUGCUGUGAAUAGUUCCAGUACUACUGGAACGGAAAUUAGCUCUGCGGAAUUGUAUUUCAGAAUCGACGUCCUAAAAGAAUACACCGACAUAACCGCAGGUAUCGGCGCCCCCGAUUGGCAGUUAACCCUGUGUUUGUUGGCCUCCUGGAUUGUAACUUUCUCGGUCCUCGCCAGGGGCAUUCGAAGUUCUGGAAAAGCGUCGUAUUUCCUAGCCCUAUUUCCCUACGUGAUUAUCCUCGCCCUGCUUUUAAGGGCAGUUACUUUAGAAGGCUCUGGAACUGGAAUUUUAUACUUCAUCACGCCCAGAUGGGACAAAUUGCUGGACGCUAAAGUUUGGUACGCCGCAAUGACCCAGUGUUUUUUUUCGUUAAAUAUCGGAUUUGGUUCUGUUUCGAUGUAUGCUUCGUAUAAUGGGUUCCGACAUAAUGUUUACAGGGACGCUAUGGUGGUUACUACUUUGGAUACUUGUACGUCGUUACUUGCUGGUACUAUUAUUUUUGGUAUACUUGGCAAUUUGGCUAGUAAAAUGAACGUGGACGUAUCGGAAGUUAUUAAAUCAGGCGGUACCGGUUUGGCUUUUAUUUCGUAUCCCGAAGCUAUUGCCAGAUUUGAAGCAGUACCAUGGUUAUUUGCAAUCCUUUUCUUUGUAAUGUUGUUUGUUUUGGGUGUGGGAAGUUUGGUGGCCUUGCAAGGAUGCGCUUUCACAGUCAUCAUGGAUACUUUUCCUAAAUUGAAAAGCUGGCACGUGUCCUUGGGUACUGCCAUUCUUGGAUUUAUAAUAGGAUUGGUUUAUAUGACACCUGGUGGUCAAUGGAUUUUUACCAUGAUAGAUUUUUACGGUGGUACUUUUAUAUUUUACGUCAUGAACAUUUUGGAAGUGGUUCUGAUUAUGUGGUGGUACGGUUUAGAAAAUAUUUGCCAAGACAUCGAAUUUAUGACGAAACGAAAGCCAGGAAUUUAUUGGAGAAUAUGCUGGGGAGUACUAAUACCGAUGGUACUGUUUUUCGUACUCGGCUAUUUUUUGAUCACUUUCGAACCUUUACAGUACGAAAAACGAGAUUAUCCAAGCAAAAUUAUAGGAUGGGGAUGGGCCUUUUUCGCCUUCGGCAUUUUCCAGCCCUUCUUGUGGUUUUCCAUCGGGUUUUGGAAGCGAAAGGGUGAUUUUGCGAGUGCAAAAGCGGCGGUUGCUUCGAUGUUCAAACACACCGGUUGGGGACCCAAAGACCCGAAAAAGAACGAAAAAUGGAAGGAGUUUAAGACAUUGCAAAAGGCGCAAAGGGAUAUAAAGUUGAGGGGUAAAAUUAAGGAUAAAUUGUGUAUAUUGAUUGGCAAAUAGAAUUAAAUAAUUAUAAUUUAUCUCAAUCAUGAAUUAAUAUUGACAUUGUUUUUGUCCCUAAUCUUUAUUGUCUUUUAUUACAUCUCACCAAUGAGAAAUAAUGUAAAAAUUCCUUGAUCAAUUUUGGAUCACAGUCUUGACAAAUUUAUAGUACAAUAAUCAACUGAUUACUUUUUAAUCCUUUGAGAAGCUGGAAACUAUUCUACAUAUCUACGGCAUUGAUAAUUGUUUUUUGUCCUCCAACCACCACUGUGCCAGUGAUGCCCGGACUUAAAGACAUUUCCCUAGUUCCAGGGAAACAAAAUUAAUUCCUAUAAAAAUUUCAAAUUACUUGAAAUUAUAUACGCUACCUUGUCCUUUCUAAUUACAUGUAACAUAGACAUUGAAAUUAUGCUAUUGCAAUUUUAUU